AUGGUCAAUCCUGCCCUGUCUAGCACCACCAACAACAAUGACAGCCUUCCAGCCUUGAACGCUCCCUCCAGCGGUGCCGCCGCUGCAGCCACCUCUAUCCACCACGAUCCAGCAGCGCAGGCACCACAUCACACCCUCCUCGGCGACGGUGACAGCAGCAGUGACGAUGGUGAUGACGAAAGUACCAAUGUCGGCAGCUUCACCGACCCCUCCUACGGACUUUCGGACACCAAGUCGGUAGAGUCUUAUCGCAUCCGUGACACAGAGUACGACGACGAGCAGGAACAUGACGAUGACGACGAUGACGACGAUGCAAAGACGCUCCAGGUUGGUGACUCGGGCUACUCGAGCACCGAUCUCAAGCACCGAGCCUCGUCGCACCACUCGGCGCAGGACCUUGAAGCGUCCAACCCACCAAACGCGCCGCGCAGCACUGCCCAUGCUGUAGAUGAAGACGUCGACGAGGACGAAUACGAAACUCAUGCCUCGCUGCUAGGCACCGCUGGCUUUGCCGACCGCCGCGGCACCGCUUCUCGUCUUGCGGCACGCUCCGUCCUUUCUCGAUUCUGGGAGAUCGCGCGAGAAGCACUGCCCACCUUGAUCGUAUCCGUGCUGUCGCUCAUCUUCUCCGGCGAGCUCCUCGUCCAUCUCGCGCGUUGGCCCGUCUUCCAGAAAGUAGAUAAACUCUUCAUCCUCAUCCCCAUCCUGCUCAACAUGAAGGGCAACCUCGAGAUGAACCUUUCGCUCCGCAUGUCCACCUCGGCCAACAUUGGCGAGCUCGACGUGAGGAGGACCAGGGAGACGCUCAUUCGUGGCAAUCUGGCGCUGUUGCAGGUACAGGCGCUGAUUGUGUCCAUGUUUGCCGGUGUGCUCGCCUUUGUGCUGGGUGUUGUGACGCCGGAUCCGCAGGUAGAGGCUCCUGUGUCGCCGGUGCCGGUCACGCCCAAGGCUCCGACACCCGAGAAUGCGUUGAUACAGACCAUCGUCAGAAGCGCUUUUUCUGCUGUCACACUGCGCAACCGUCGUCGAUCUUUAGCUGGAUCUGCGGCUGCCAACCAGGGUACAUCGUGGCUGCAGAAGCGACGCAUCAUACAUCACCAUCCGAAGCCACCCACGGACCCUGCCCUGCGUCUCCGCAAUGGGUACUUCGAAUUCGUUCUUGUCAUUGCAACGGGCAUGCUCUCGGCAUCGCUCUCGUCGGCGGUGCUCGGAUCGUUCAUGUGUGCGCUUGUUAUAGUUGCUCGACGUGCGGGCGCCAACCCGGACAACAUUGCCUCGCCGCUGGCUGCCUCGUUGGGCGAUCUCACCACCCUCACGCUGCUUGGCUUGCUCGCGUCGUCGCUGGUGCACUUCGAGGGCACGUUUUUGGCCACAGUCAUCCUCGCCGCUAUGGCGGUGGCGUGCAUCGCGUCGUUCAUCGUCGCGUACAGGAACGCGUACGUGCGGGAGCUUUUGACGUGCGGGUGGGUGCCACUGUUGAUGGCCAUGUUCAUCUCGUCCGGUGCCGGGUUGGUGCUGGACAACUUCGUGGGCAGGUAUCAGGGCUUUGCGCUGCUCGCGCCCGUCAUCAGUGGGCUGCCGGGUGCGUGUGCGGCCAUCUUUGCUUCGCGCAUCACCACUGCUCUGCACUCGGGCAAAGGCGCGACGCUUCUGCGCGCCACCACAAAGGCCGGUAAUGUAGGCGGCGUCCGAGGCGUGCUGGGCUCGAUCCGCUCAGUGAUGCUCAUUCCGCCGAUCGAGGGUUGGUUGGUGCCUAUCAGCUUGAUGAGUAUGGGCGUGGGCAUCAAGUCGACUUUCAUUGUGCUGAUUAGGGUGUCGGGCCAGAUGACGUUUGGCUGGAUCUUUGCGGGAACGUUCAUCGGCGCCAGUGUAGUGGCGAACAUGUUUGCGCUGUAUCUUGCGCAUGUGAUCUGUUUGGUGCUGUGGAGCAGAGACUACGAUCCGGACAUCUACUGCUUGCCGUUUGUCUCUAGUAUUGUGGAUGUCGUCGGGCAGAGCUUGUUGGUCAUGACGUUUACUCUGGCCACCGGGUUGGGUGACCACAUUACGGCCGCGGUCAACGCUGGUGCUGGUCAUGGGGGUGUUUAG